AGAUGCAGCAUCGACGACCACAAAAAUGGCGGUAAUCCUGCCGAGCAAGACAGCCGACAGUUUGUUCCGCGUCGAGCAAACCACGCUCCGGCUGUUUGGCCUCGAGUGCUACUCUGCCAUGCGAUGCUUGCGUCCAUCAAGUCGUUCCAACGACGCGAACGUGGUCCGAAGCUCUGGCUCCCUAAAUCGUUUCCUUGAAGGCCGAGUAUCCGUAGCGUGAUCACAUAACGAUAUCUAGCGGACGGGUCUUCAUUUUCGCUUUGUCGUUCCCAUGAGAACAUCCGCCAGCUCACCCCGCGCUACCCGUGAGCGUCAGCUCCUCGCCGAUCGCCUCGCCAAGCGCAAAGCUCGCUCAACAUACUUGGCCGAGCGCAGUUCGCUUCAGAGCACUCUCGAAGCCCUCAAUCUUCAGUAUUUUGCUAUCAAGGGCACGCAACUCCCGUGGCAAGACAUUGCACUCGCGCUGCGCGAGACCUCGGAGACUAGUAUUGUCGAGAACCGUGAGCUCCGCGCUCGAGUGAGCAAGACAGCUCGGAAUGUGGAGCGACUGUGCCGAUGGUUUCAGUCUAUGCAAGCGCCACAGCGACUUCCCGGCUACGUGUCGGACGGCGCGUGGCUUGACGUGACGCUGGUUGCCGAGCCAUUGACACGUCAACUGGGCUACGACUGGGUUGGUAAGCAGCUCUACCACAGCACGUCGGCGCGGCUGAGCCCGCGGCUCUUUCCGCACGUAUACGAAGACUCGAUCAAGGUCGAGUGGGGCGUCCGAGGGCGCAAGCUCGUGCUGCAGAAGGUCAUCCACGCCAGCCAAGAAAUCGUCGCCAAGGCGAUCUGGGCUGCCAACCGUGCCGUGUCGACCGAUGCAUUGCCCGAGGCGGACCGCGGAAGCAUAGAGGUGCUGCACGACGAGAGGACGUCGACCGAGCGCUGCAGCUACGUCAAAGAGACGUUUCACUGCCCGAGUGAGAUGCGCGACCACUGCUCUCGAGCUUUUCAUAAGCGGUUUGAUGAGCCCGACCGCAUCAUCAUAGCGUACCGCACCAUCUCGAGGGACGACGUCCACCCUGGUCCCCGCGAUCCCGAAGAGAGCCUCGAAUGGAAUGAAAUCCGACGCAUCUCGGCCACCUCGUGUCUACUGCGCACUGUCAACUCGCUCGAGCCGCAUGCAGCCUUUUCCUCAGUCCUCGACUAUGUCAAGACGCUGUACCCCGACCUGUACGAGCGCGAGGUCGUCGAGUACGCGACGCAGGUCGCUGACACUGCGUCCCUCGAGCAGCACAUGCGUCGGUUCCUACUGCAGCGUGCGGCGUGGAUUGCAACCGACUACUUUCAGCACUUGGACCGCGCGGUGGAGAGCGUGCUGGCGCAGCCCGAUGUCUUUCCAUAUUAGAGUGAUGAUUCACACUUUAUGCAAUGCAGUGAUUUUAUGCUGGGUUCAAA